AUGGGCAGUCUUCCAGCGGCGCGCGUGACCGCAUGUCGACCCUUCAGCCAUGUCGGAGUUGACUAUGCCGGUCCCAUUCUAGUGCGAUGCAGCAAUACCCGCGGAGAACGUUGCUCGAAGGGAUACAUCGUCGUAUUUGUCUGCCUCUCGAGCAAGGCGGUUCACCUCGAGGUUGCAGGUGACCUCUCAACUGAUACAUUUUUGGGAGCUUUCAAGCGAAUGAUUUCUCGACGAGGUUACUGCAACGAGAUAUGGUCGGAUAAUGGGACGAACCUGGUCGGUGCCGACCGGCAACUGACGGAGAUCUACGAAGCAACGCAGACUCACAGUAAGAAAACUGAACCGUACUUCAGCAACCUUGGCAUCCGCUGGAGGUUCAUUCCGCCAUCCAGUCCGCAUCAGGGUGGCUUCUGGGAAGCGGCCGUUAAGAGCGCAAAGGAGCUUUUGAGACCGGUCGUUGGCAACGAAAAGCUCACGUUCGAAAAGUUGUCGACUGUACUCUGCCAAAUUGAAGCGUGUCUCAAUUCGAGGCCACUGUAUCCUAUCUCCACAUCGCCGGACAGCUUCGAGGCCCUCACGCCGGGGCAUUUCUUGGUGGAUCAACCUCUGAACCUGCUACCGGAACCCGACAUUGGACAUCUGAAAGUAAACCAACUGGAUAAUUGGGAGAAGGUACAACGAAUCACAGCUGAGUUUUGGAACCGUUGGCGCAAUGAGUAUAUUGCUACACUGCAGCCACGUGGUAAGUGGAGAAAUCGUCGAGACAACAUCAAGCCGGACGAGCUCGUUCUGGUGAAAAGUGACAACACCCCACCGUCCGCCUGGGAACUGGCCCGGGUUGUAGCUGUUCAUCCAGACAAGCAUGGUUUGGUGCGCACUGUCACGCUCCGCCGAGGAAGAUCCGAAUACCAGCGUCCAGUGCAGUAG